AUGGACUCGCCUGGGUCUCAGGGUGUCCCGCAAUUCUCCAGCUUCCGACCUCCCCCUACUUCCCCUCCGGCCGACGCUACCGGCUCGGAACAUGAACGUCACCGGCGUCGUCGCUCGGGCCACCGUCAGCGGGCAGACCAUAAAGAGUCUCCGCGCUCUCGUCAUCAUGGAAGGCGUUCAGAUGGUGGUCGUCAAAAAGAGACAGAUGGAGGAAGUGAGAAGCGCCUGGGUGGGGAAAGAAUUGACGAUGUAAACGCUGCAAACGAUGGGGCAAGGCAAACAUUUGUCGUCGACAGCCGCGGCGAUCGCGACAAUACACGUUACGGCGUGGAUCGUUACGAGGUCCCCACGUACCAACGCAACGGCAAUGGCUUUGUGCUUGGGCUUCCCGGUCAGCGCAUUGAUUACAAAACGCGAUAUGACCAGGGUGCCCUCCUACUUCUUCGCCCCGACUCAAGCUCCUCUUCAAGCUCUACGACCAAGCCGCUCUCCGCCGAAACCCUAUCUGCUUUGUCCAUCAAUCUCCCCAUUCGCCUCCGGUCUGACCUCAAGGCUAACAUUGCCGCUGAGACCCAACAUUCACAAAAUUUCAUUUCAACAACAGUUCCGUCUCAAUCCGGUGUUGAGGCAACUGCCGACUUAGAUGAUGAAGCACCGUCUUAUCGUUCCAUCCAUGACCCGGCCAAAUCCGGAGAACAAGCCACUGAGCAUAUUGAUACGAGCGCCUCUACUCGAAUUGCUAUGGAAGCUGAGAUCUUGAAUCUCAAUGCCAAGUUGAACAGCGCAGUGACACAGCAACCAACUGAUAUCCAGUCAUGGAUCCGUCUUGCUGAGCAUCAAGAACUCGCUCUCACUGGCGCGCGAUCUGGCGAUCGAACCUCCUCUCUUGAUGAUGUACAAGUUGUGGCAAGAGCCAAGCUGUAUGUGUAUGAAAGAGCGCUCAAGGCUAACGCACAAAAUCCCGAACGGGAUCACAUUGUGCUGUGCCGUAUGGAAGAGGGUGCGAAAAUCUGGGACGACACAAGACUCGCCUUGGAAUGGGACGAAAUGCUCCGCUACCACUCCGAGUUCAUAACUGUAUGGAUUCAGUAUCUUGACUACUGUCAGACUGAUAGUCGGGAUUUCAACUUCAAUGACUGCUUUACCACUUAUGGCUACUGUUUGAAGAUCCAUUCACGUUUCGGGUUUGGACCGCAGAAAACUCUCAUCAGAGCGUACUUGCUGCUCCGUUUUACCCUAUUCCUUCGAGAAUCCGGCCACGUUGAGCUAGCUGUCGGUUUAUGGCAAGCGGUACUCGAAUUUACAUGCUUCCGGCCAGCCCAUCUAAUGGGAAAGAAAGAAGAGGCCCUAGUGGAAUUCAAAAAGUUCUGGGCACCUGGACACAUCCGGAUCGGGGAGCCCGGUUGGCAACCCUGGAACAGUGGCCAAACCUCCCGUGUCCCUGCCGCCGAGCCUGUCUACACUUCUGAGGCGGAUGCCCGAGACUUGUUCCCAACAUGGGUAAAUGCAGAAAGGGAGCGGAUGUUCAAAAAUCGCAUGCCGUCAGAUGCCUUUGAUGAUCCCAAAGAGAAAGACGCUUUCCGAGUGGUUCUCCUCGAAGAUUGUACGCAGAUACUGCCAUAUUUCUGGGACUUGGAAGAAAGCCUUGGUUCCCUAGUCGAUGGCUUCUUGUAUUUCUGCCAUUUGCCCCACUUGACAUUGCCUGCGAAUAUGCACACCAGCCGACUGUGGACUGGUGAUAAUUUCCUGCGAAACGAAUAUAUGGAUGAUCCUCGCAACACAAUCGCGGACUGGAUCACUUUCCAGAAACAUGCCGCAACCACAACCAUUGAGCCUUUCGCAUUCCCUCACCACACCUUUGUUCACACCACUGAUACUCUAUUUGCCGACCCAAAGAUGUGGUUUUCCGCCCUGACGAAGUGGGCUGCAACCACCUCUCAUUCCUCAUGUGUCAUCGAUUCUGACUUUGUACUCUCAACUCUCCAUUCCCUUGUCGACAUUUUCAGAGACAGCCAAUUGGCUGAAUAUGCUAUUGCAGUAACUUUCGCGUGUAAUAACACUCUGGGCAAGAAAUAUGGAAAGCGACUCUUGAAAGAGCGAUCUUCGAACCUGCGACUUUACAAUGCCGUUGCACUCAUGUAUUGGCGCACUGGCGAUCGUGACGUUGCUCACAAUGUGUGGUCCACUGCUUUGUCUAUGAGCAAGAAUUUUGACGCUCGGGAGCUCACUGACUCUGCACUCCUGUGGAACUCGUGGGUUUGGGAAAUGCUUCACGAUGGGCAAAAGAAUCGAGCAUCGUACCUCUUGCAGGCUAUGCCAUACCGUCAAGUUCACUUGCUGUCAUACAACACCGCUGAUGAGCUUGAUAUUAAUGAAACUAAUUUUCUCAGGUACUUGUUUAACGCUCAGAUGACUGCCUUGAAGUCCAAGCAAAUGCAAGCAUACGCAGCUUACGCUGACUGCUAUGCCAUCCUCCUCUAUCUCAAGGGCGAGCAACUUGAAGAUGUCCUGGAUUCCUAUAAUGACGCUGUAACUUCCCUUAGGGUCCUGCGCAGGACCGACGAUGAUUUCAGGGUGUUGGGCGGAGAAUUGCUGCACCAAGCCCGAGCCCGGAUCCUGUACUACUACGUGGAGAGACAGAGUGGCCAAUUCAGACCUGCGGAAGUUCGUGCCCUGUUCCUGGAUAGCCUAGAAUGGUGGCCCCACAACACUAUGUUCUUGUCGCUGUUCAAAUGGAAUGAGUCUCGCCUGCAUAUGAGCGAUCGGACCCGCGAUAUCUUCGACGUCACCAUCGGGGCGAAGGCCAGGGCCGCUAAGGAUCUACAAGGGCCUGCCCCAAUCUACCGUGUACCUGUCACGACUCACCUUUUCAGCAUCUACGCUGAGAUGGGUCGCCCUCUCAUGCUCGGCUCGACCCCGCAUUCCAUCCGGGCAGCCUUCGAGCGAGCGAUCGGUGAUGGCAUCAUCCCGAUGGGGCGGACUCCAACACGGAAGAGUCCCUUCGACCUGGCAAGCUCGACCUCCGCCCAGACCAGCCUCACCAUCUGGAGACUGUACAUCCUCUACGAGCUGUACGCGGAGCGCAACGUCGGCCGCGCCCGCGAGGUCUACUUCCGGGCCCUGCGCUCCUGCCCCUGGUCUAAGGAGCUGUACAUGUUCGGCUUUGAGCACCUGCGGGCGGACUUGACCAACCGCCUGCCCCCCUGCCGCCUCAACCGGAAGGGGGAGGUCGACCCUCGGGGGUUCGACCAUGCAGAGCUCCGAGCUCUGUACUCGGAGAUGCUGCGCCGUGGACUUCGGGUCCACUAUCAUGUGGAGGGUUUCUGGGCCGAGUAG